AUGGGCAUCAGCGGUGAUGCUAUUCUUGACGAUGGACUUCCUGAUCUGGGUGAUCGCAGACACAAGAACCUAUUGAAGAAGAACAAGAGAAAGGCGGUUAAUGGUGAUGAUAGUAAAGAAGAUGAUGGUCAAGAGGAUGAUGGGCUGGAACUUCUGGGGUUUGAAGUGAUGGAUUCAGAAGAUGAUUCAGAUGAUGCUGAGGAUCCGUUCAAAUUGGUUCAAAGAAAACGAGCCGCCACGUCAAUUGUUGAUGAAGGUUUUAACUCAAGGAGAGUUAUUAAAAGAUCCAAAACAGAUCCUGGUGAAUCCAAGAAGAAAAAGAAAGAUCUUUUGAGUGUAUUACUUCCAGAUAAUGUCGACAGUUCGACAAUAGAGAAGGAUUUCAGUAUAAUACAAGAAUCAACCCAGAUGACCUCGAUGGUUUCACAUGGUGACCAUAAAGAGGAUGACAACAAUUCAUUGAAAGCAGAAGAUUUGAAAAGUGUUUUGGAAGAUGAUGAAAAUGCUUCAGAGCACACAAAUGAUGAAAGUGAAGGAUCUCAAGAUAUAGUGCUAGAAAAAAUUGAAGUCUACGACGUUGCAGGGAGUAAAGGCUGGUAUGAGAAGAACUUGGAUAGUGGGAAGGGAAUGGCUGUUUAUAAGAAAGAACAACAAGAUUCACAUGACGAACAGAAGGAUGAAAGAGUGAAUGUUGUUGCCAAGAAGGUGGAGGAAGAAAAUUCACUUGAAAUACUGGAUGCUGAAGCCUUCAACAAGAAAGAAAAUGUUCAAAUGGACAAUAGUGUACCAACAGACCUAAGUGAAGAACCAAAUACCAUCAAAGAAAAUAAUACUGAAGCUAACGACUCUCAACCUGAUCUUGAAAAGGACAGUCUUUCAGCCGCUGUAACAACAUCAAAGAAAGGAACCACCACUACUAGACCCACAAAGAGAAAAUCUACACUAGCUGAACUUUGCGCUAAAAAAACACCAAUUCCAUAUCGUGUUGGUUUAUCUAAACGAGCCAAUAUCAACCACCUUCAUUCAUAUCUCUCAAAGAAAUAAUUAUUGUGACCUAUGACCAACUUUUGCUAUGACUUCUAAUGACUAAUGAC